AUGCUUCUGGAGCAAAACUUGACUACCGCCGAUAUGCAGAAACACUCUUUGACAUACUGGUGGCCGGUGGGAUGCUGGGUAAGUGUUUUUAACAAGUUGAUCAGGCGCUACAAAUACCUGGAAAAAGGUUUUGAAGAUGAAGUUAAAAAGCUGCUUCUGUUCUUAAAGGGUUUUUCCGAAUCAGAGAGGAACAAGCUGGCUAUGUUGACUGGUGUUCUUCUGGCUAAUGGAACACUGAAUGCAUCCAUUCUUAACAGCCUUUAUAAUGAGAAUUUGGUUAAAGAAGGGGUCUCAGCUGCGUUUGCCGUGAAGCUCUUCAAGUCGUGGAUAAAUGAGAAAGACAUCAAUGCAGUAGCUGCCAGUCUUAGGAAAGUCAGCAUGGACAAUAGACUGAUGGAACUUUUUCCUGCCAAUAAGCAAAGCGUCGAACACUUCACAAAGUAUUUCACUGAGGCAGGCUUGAAAGAGCUUUCAGAAUAUGUUCGUAACCAGCAAACCAUAGGAGCUCGGAAGGAGCUCCAGAAAGAACUUCAGGAACAGAUGUCCCGUGGUGAUCCGUUUAAGGAUAUAAUUUUAUACGUCAAGGAGGAGAUGAAAAAAAACAACAUCCCAGAACCAGUUGUCAUCGGAAUAAUCUGGUCAAGUGUGAUGAGCACUGUGGAAUGGAACAAAAAAGAGGAGCUUGUAGCAGAGCAAGCCAUCAAGCACUUGAAGCAAUACAGCCCUCUACUUGCUGCCUUCACUACUCAAGGUCAGUCUGAGCUGACUCUGUUACUGAAGAUUCAGGAGUAUUGCUAUGACAACAUUCAUUUCAUGAAAGCCUUCCAGAAAAUAGUGGUGCUUUUUUAUAAAGCUGAAGUCCUGAGUGAAGAGCCCAUUCUGAAGUGGUAUAAGGAUGCCCAUGUUGCAAAGGGGAAAAGUGUCUUCCUGGAGCAAAUGAAAAAGUUUGUGGAGUGGCUCAAAAAUGCUGAAGAAGAAUCGGAGUCUGAAGCUGAAGAAGGUGACUGAAUUCUGAGACUACGUCCUCAGUAAAGCAAACAGGAGUUGUAGAUAAAAUGUCAUGUCUCAUGUGUCCUGGUUUUUACAUCUUCCUACCUCCCUGUAUCAAGCAUGAUAUAAGGGCUUUCAUGGCAAAUUUUAUUUUAACUGUUUCUAUGGUUACUGGAAAUGUUGGGUUUAAUUUCUAAAACCAUGUUUUAAGUAGCUACAGGAGCUAUAGAUUGGAAUCUAAUGUUGCAUUAGUCUUUUCAGUUCUCUUCUACCUCCUGUAUUUUCUACUGUAAUGUAAUUUAAGGCCUUCCACAAUGAACAGUUCACUUUAUUCCCUGGGUUUUAUAUAUAAACCAUUUUCAAGAUAUGAUUUGGUUAAAAAAACAAUUUCUUAUAAAAAUUCUGUUGGCAAAUUAAACUGUAAAAGUAUCCAAAGUUUCAAAAGACAA